CCUUCCUGAAAGUUUGUAGCCUGUUGCACGCAUUCAAAAUGAGAGAGAAAGCAACGGGCUUUUGGGCAUGCAGGUACAUUUUAAAUACAUAUUUAUUAUUAUUUAUCGAGGUUGGUUUUAGUUAUAAAUGUUUCUCAACGCAUAUGGGUUAUGCUACGUCACAUUUUUGGUACGUCGUCGUGCUACGUGUGCUCAUCCAACAAAAUAACAGAGAACUGAUUCUCAGCUGUGCUGGUUACUGCAAUGAAUGGUGACACUAUCCAUCAGGCGACAACCACAGCUUCCAUUGCAGCACCGUGUGGCUGGAGGGAAUUCUGCGAGUUGCAUGCCAUAGCCACGGCCCGGAAACUAGCCAACCACUACCUUAACUUUGCCAGGGAGCGGCCAGAGCAUGAUGUCAUCCCACCGGACAGCUUCUCCAAGCAGUUCAGCGAGCUGUUCCAGCAGCACUUCCACAGCGAGGUGGCCGGAAAGAUCCCUACAUUGGCCCCUUCACCCAUGAUGGGCCAGCUCCGCAUCACCUCCUCCGGGGUGCAAGACUACCGGGAGGCGGGCCAGCCUGGCGCCCCGGCCCUGUUCACCGUGCUGGACUCAAAGCCGAAGCACGGGGUGGUGGAGCAGCCCCUCCAGUGCUCAUCAGCCAACCCAGGGGUGCGAGCUCGAGCUCCCGUCCGGAGCCACAGUGAGGAGGAGGUGUCUGUGUCGGAGCGGCGGCCUGUGUCUGAAUGGUACACCCCCACCUCACCCUCCUCCGCUGCUGCUGAUGUCACACACUUCUCUGUCAGCCAGAUCAGGCAGAGCGUGCGCUGUCUUCUUAAGGAGCCCCUGCCCCCACCUCAAGACAUGCUGUCGAGAGGGCCGGGGGACAGGGGAAUAGGGGGGACUCUGGAUGAAGUGGCGGCCUUAUCGUUGUCAGCAUUGACUGUGAACCCCUCCCCCGAGACCACUGCCUCUGCCUCGUCCAUGGCGGUCCACCUCCUAGACCGUCUGGCCAGCAGGUUUGGCAGUAGGAGUGUGAAGCGCGGGCCGCAGGCUGCGGGCAGCUGCAAAGAGGGGCAGCUGAGGUACCUGGUGGUUGACGACACUAUCUCGGACACGCAGCAUCGCUGGGAGCGCUGCCGCCUACUGGUGAGGAAGAUCAGAGACGGCCUAGCAGGAGAGAGGUUCCAGCUGGAGCUCUAUGACCCCCCCAAGGGCUCUAGUCCCAAACUGACAGUUCAUUGUGCAGACAUCCUGGAGAUCCGCCGCUGCAACCGCCUGGAGAUGCCCGACAACAUGCACACGUUUGUUUUAAAGGUUAAUCACUAUCCAGGUAGUCUCAUAUUUGAGACGGAAAAUAACCAGCAAGUCAGCUCCUGGACAACAGAAAUUAAAGAAUGUAUCAACAGGUCUGGCAGCGUGGAUUUGGAGCUCCUAACCUACCCUGUGGACAAUGCUGCGAUGGCCAAACGGAGAGGGAACUCCGAGUCAGGGAGUCAGGGAACUGCGACCUUUGCCCUCUCGGAGCAGGUGUUCCAUAAGACUGACCACUUCCUGUGUUCAUACCCCUGGUUCCACGGGCCCAUCUCGCGGGUCAAGGCGGCCCACCUGGUCCAGAACUUGGGCCUGGAGGGCCAUGGAGUGUUCCUAGUGAGGCAGAGUGAGACUCGCCGCGGAGACUACGUCCUCACCUUCAACUACCAGAGCAAGGCCAAGCACCUGCGUCUGUCUCUAACAGAGUGGGGUCAGUGUAGGGUGCAGCACCUGCGCUUCCCAUCCGUCAUGGACAUGCUCAGUCACUUUCGCCUCUACCCCAUACCCCUGGAGUGUGGCACUGCCUGUGACGUCACCCUCUCAAGCUUCGUGGUGGCUAACUCCCAAGGUCAGAUUUCAGCAGCUGUUCUGGUUCCCUUCUCCCUGAACUGCUGGAGCUCCGAGCCCAGCCUGGCCCACUGCAGCCCAGCCACCUGCCCCAGCCUGCUCCCCUCAGCAGGCCCCUCUCCAGGCCCCCUGCCCCAGCCCGGACACCCUCAUCUAUACACCGCUCCCCUCUCAGACCUCCCCACCUCGGGUCCACUGCGUCGGAGCGAGUCGGUGGGCCGCAGACCCCUACUGCGUCACCCCAACCCCCACCCACCCUUUACUCAGCGAGACUCCGACUACGAACUGGAGCCAGACAGGGGCCGCAAGCGGGCCAUCGACAACCAGUACAUGUUCCUCUGACCGGCCGACUCCCUUUCUCCCUGUCACAGCCGGCCCAGAGGUCACUGCAAAACUCCAAGCAAGUGCCAGAUGGACUCAUGAGUGAACGUGUAUGCCCAAGUUGAGGUCUGUUUCAUGGUGGGGGUGACAGAGUUCAUUAUGAAUGUAUUUUUAGGAAAGUGUUUAAUAUUGUUAUAUGAUUAUUCUCAUUUUAUAAAGCGAAUGUCGUUGUUUUAAGGGAUGUUGCUACAUGGGAGUGAGUGGCGCUGAUGUGGAAGGUCUUCCCUCAGGCAGGGGAGCGGGGCACCCUCACUGCCUCUCCCUCCCCUUUAAUAGGGGUCUGUUUAAGGGCCCUGAAGCGUUGGGCAACACUCCCUCCCCUCCACACACACACUCCCAUUUUAUAGUGUAUUCUAGUGAUACCCUGUGUAUUUGAAAUGCACACAUUCUGUACAUUGUGUAUUUUAAUUCGCUGGAAAACAGAAGGUGUUGAAAAAGGAACCUAACAAACUGUGUGGAGCCUUCCACGUAGGUUUGGUUCAGUCUCACUGUUGGGGUAUGUAUUGACGUUAAACCUCCCGAGACGGGACUGAACAAGGGAGUUAACCCCAUAAAGAAAGCGGUCGGGAGGGGACACACCCUAUUCUAGAAUCCCUGUUCCCCUCCACAGCCUCGACUCUCAAGCCCCUGUGCACAACUCUUAUAUAACACAUUUCACACAAUGUUCGUGAUACAACACUUUGUCUGCCCAAACAUGUUUACACAACCAUUGUGCAAAACUCUGUUGUAUCACAAGCAUUGUACAACUUGAAUGUGUAUGGGGCAAAAUAUUAGCAUGUUAAUUUCCUGUUAGCAUUAAAGUCCUUACCUUCAUAGCAUUAACUUCUUUCAUCUUAACAUUGUUCUCUCCAGCUCUACGCCUCAAGGACAAAGCUGGACCUUUCUGAAGGCAUUUGUUUUUUGCUAGUUAAAUGUUUUCCUUCUAUGGUUUCUUAAUCAGCGAGCUCUUGAAAGAGACAAACGUCACCAAAGAAAAUGUGAGGAAAAGACUGCACUCCCUUGCUUUUACUAAGAACCCUCGUGUGCAUGGCCCCUUAACACAUUUUAUGUAAGCAACCGUUCUGGUGUACAUUUUUGUUUAUUAAUUAAACUUUCUUUAACAUACCAGUACCCAUCA